CAAACAUGGCUGCCUCAAUAUCCUUAUGCCGCUUGGGCUCUAGCCCGGGCCGCCGGCUGCUCCUGUUGCUGGGACUCCUGCAGCUCUUGGGUCACCUCGGCCAGGGUCGCGUCCACCAUCUAGCGCUCAAGGCCCUUAUUCCUCAACUGGACUAUUGCACUGGCCUUCUACAGUGGUUUCCCUGCCUCACGUCUCUCUGCACUGAUCUCUACAGCUCCAUCACACAGCUGCCAAAGUGAUUUUCCUUAGGAUGAUGUGAGACAUAAGGUUCAUCUCAAUACCUUUGGAUUCUUCAAAGAUGGGUCCAUGGUGGUCAACGUCAGUAGCCUCUCAGUUAAGGGAAACAAAGAUGCCACUGCAAUGAUUGGUUUCAGCUUGGACCGAACAAAGAAUGAUGGCUUCUCCUCUUACCUGGAUGAAGAUAUGGAUUACUGUAUCUUUAAAAAAAUGCAGUCUGUUUCUGUUACACUCCUGAUUCUAGACUUCUCAAGUCAUCUGGUCCAGAUAAAGUCUCCACCAGAAGCUGGCAGCAACUUACCAAAAAUCGUCUUCAGCAAGAAUGAGAAAAUCCUUGGCGAGAAUCCGGAACCAAGCCUCAAAAAUCCCUCAGUAAAAAAUCAGACUUUUGAAAAGCAAGGUGAAAAGCCUGCGCAAAGUACAGAGGAUUCAAAGGUACCAGGACAGAACUCUUAUCCUGUUCAUAUUAAUGAAGGGGCAGUUUCAUUUCAGUUUUUCUUCAAUAUCAGUAGCAGUGACCAGGAAGGUCUCUACAGCCUUUAUUUCCACAAAUGUUUUGUCAGUGAAAUUCGGACCAGUGAUGGGUUGUCUUUUAGCCUUGAUAUUGAGAUCACAGAGAAGAAUCCUGACAGUUACCUCUCGGCUGGGGAAAUUCCUCUGCCAAAGCUCUAUGUUUCCAUGGCGUUUUUCUUCUUCCUUUCUGGGACCAUAUGGAUUCAUAUCCUUCGAAAACGGAGGAAUGAUGUUUUUAAGAUUCACUGGUUGAUGGCAGCCCUCCCCUUCACAAAAUCUUUGUCCUUGGUGUUCCACGCAAUUGAUUACCACUACAUCUCCUCUCAGGGAUUUCCAAUAGAGGGUUGGGCUGUUGUUUACUACAUCACUCACCUAUUGAAAGGUGCACUAUUGUUCAUUACUAUUGCACUCAUUGGUACUGGCUGGGCUUUCAUCAAACACAUCCUUUCUGAUAAAGACAAAAAGAUCUUUAUGAUUGUCAUCCCACUGCAGGUCCUGGCAAAUGUGGCUUACAUCAUCAUAGAAUCAACUGAGGAGGGAACAACCGAGUAUGGCUUGUGGAAAGAUGCUUUGUUCUUGGUGGACCUGCUGUGCUGUGGAGCCAUACUCUUCCCAGUGGUAUGGUCAAUAAGACAUUUACAAGAAGCCUCAGCAACAGAUGGAAAAGCUGCCAUUAACUUAGCAAAGCUGAAACUAUUCAGACAUUACUACGUAUUGAUUGUCUGUUAUAUUUAUUUCACAAGGAUCAUUGCAAUUCUCCUCAAACUUGCUGUUCCAUUCCAGUGGAAAUGGCUCUACCAGCUACUGGAUGAAAUGGCAACUCUGGUGUUCUUUGUUUUAACUGGCUACAAAUUCCGCCCAGCAUCUGAUAACCCUUAUCUGCAACUGUCUCAGGAAGAUGAUGAUUUGGAAAUGGAAUCUGUGGUGACAACUUCUGGAGUGAUGGAGAAUAUGAAAAAAGUCAAGAAAGUGACAAAUGGAUCUGUGGAUCCCCAAGGUGAAUGGGAGAGCACAGCAUGAUGAAACAAACUUUGAGAAGAGCACUUUCAGAAAAACUUUUAAUUUAUUAAUAGUACUGUCAUUGAACAAGAGCAGCCUGCCUACACCUCCCAGCAUUGAUCCAACAAAAGAGUGUGACUGGGAGCAAAAUGUCACAGAAACCUAAUUUCUUCCUCUGUACUUUAAGGAAACUGGAUCUAUUGCUGCCCACAAGAACGUUUGAACUUUCCUCAAGGUGGGAAUGAUGUAUGGAGAACACAAAGGAGGAGAAAAUGAGGAUUUUGUUUGUUUAUAAUUUUUAUAUGCACAUACCUUUCCCCCCUCUUUGUUAACGACUAGGUAUUCAGAAAUGUAUUUGGUUCUGUUCUAGAGUAUGUUAUACCAGUGGAAAGAUGUUCUGUGUGUGUGUGUGUGUGUGUGUGUGUGUGUGUGUGAGAGAGAGAGAGAGAGAGAGACAGAGAGAGAGAGAGAGAGACAGAGGGAGGGAGAGUGAGUGUGUGUGAGAGAGAGAGAGAGAGAAAGGAAGAGGGGGGUAGAGAGAGGUUUGUGAUACAAAUCAUUGAACAUGAAAGCUAUGUUGGACCAGGGAAACAAAAGUUAAAUGCAAAGACUCAGUUAUUCUGGCAGGAACAUAUAAAGGAUAAAUGCUAAAUCAUGGGGAUGGUAUGAGGAAAAUAAUGAAAUUAAGUUAUUUUAUAAAGCAAAAUAGGCUUCACUUGAGCAGGAACCCAGUUGCAUCUUUAAAGCAGACCCAGGAGUCCUGGGUGUGGUCCUGAGGGCUGCCCUUGAUUCCAAGGAUGGCCUUGGGCAAGUCAUCUAAGUGACCUCAUUUGCAGAACAGGAUAACACUUUGGUAAAGUGCUUUACCAUCCUAGGACUGUGAUGCCAUGCUCAAGAUGAAGGAUUACCCUUUUCCUCUGUGAUGCAGUCCAAGUUGGAGAAUGUGAUUUUCCUUAUUAAGAUGGGAUCUGCUUGAAGCUUGCCACACUGUAGCUGUUUUACCUCAGGAAUGAGAAGAAAAGUCAUAGAUGUGAAAUUUUCUGAAUUAAUUUUUCUAUGAAGUUUUCCCUAAACCAUUCUCUGUGCCCCAUAAAACACUAAUUCCUUUCUCUCUUCUCUUGGGAGCAAUAUUUCUCUUUUUUUGUGGCACAAAAUGUAUGGCUCAUCAGGCCAUGAGCCAUGUGGUUAAACUGUGGAAAUAUCAAUGGAAAGGGGUAUGAGGAAGAAUUAUACAUAUACAAAUAACUGCAAGUGGGUGAAAAUUUAUUUUUGAACAGUAUUGAAAAGAAGGGGAGAUGGGGGAUUUGGGGAUGGUAUGGAUUAUAUGAGUAAGGAGACUGUUAAGAAGGUUAUGUCUGUGUAAACCUCAAGCUCUUCCUGAGUGCUAGGCAUUAAACAAAGAGACUCUGGUCCCUAGCCUUGAGGAAGUAUCUCUCAGUGAAGAAAUCUGGUACCCUUAAAUGGAACUAUCCAUAGAAUGAAUCUGAGGGGCUCUCUGACAGUGGAUUUUAAUACUAAUCAUCUUCCAAGAAUGCUCUUGGUGAUGAGUGAGUGAGUGAGUAGCCACCUGAAAAUAAAAGUAUUGUAAUUCCUGGCAGUUUUUUUGGAAAACAAGAUGGAAAGGAUACUUUCUGUAUUUUAACCAGAUGCUUAGGAUCGCCUGGUGGCAAUUUAUAAGUUUCAAAGGAGGCCACAUUCAUAAAUGGUUCUUAAUCUGAGUAGUGUUUCUAUGAAGAGGUCCAUUAAUGAACUCAUGAAAGGGUGUUUGCAUGUCUCUAGCUGCUUUGGUGCUCCUGUGGAUUAGAAUCUUGAAUCUUCUUAUAUUUGCCAGUCACUGUAAUUACCUUCAUGGAGCAAGCUACCUCCUCCUGAAUAAUACAGAUGAGAGCUUUGGGAAGUUAAUUAUUGAAUUUUGGAAGAACACAGAAUUGUGUUUGCAAAGUAUGAACAGUUUGGUUAGGCAUAGGAGACCAAAAGAUUUUGGAUCUGGGCAAGGUUGUAUAUUUCUCUAAACAUUUUUCUUCCCCUAACCAACUUUCUCAGCAGAAGUAGUGCUGGAGGAGCAUUGUAUUAAUGUCUGAGAAAGGUAGAUGAAAGAACAUGUAACAAUAAGCAUCUAUCAGCCAGUUGAUGAAAUGUAACCUCCUUCCACUAGUUCAUCCUUUUCUGCAUGAUACUCCUUGUAUCAUCUCUAUGAUCUUUCAAAUAUGAGUAUAGAACAAGAAUCAUCUUAAAGUGCUGAUUGCUAGCCGUGUGUUCUCCGGAUCUUUUAUGAAAGGGUUUUCCAUGGGGAAGAGAUAGAAAAGAUGAUUUGAAUAUUUAGAUGUAUGCCUUCUCAUUCAGUAAACUUUUGAAAGAUUACUUUAAGUUGGGUGGCAGAGAGAAAAAAUAGAAAUGACUAUUUAAUCUUUUUGUUCUCUUCCUGCCCCCCCCCUUUUUAUACCAAAUAACAUAGAUGGUUGACUUCACUCCUUUCACAUCUCACACUUUGGGUACUUCACCCAGAAUAGUACUUGUGCUGUUUCUCCUAACUAACGGUGCAACAACAGUCCCUACUAUGAAGGGCCUGGGGGGAGGGGUGUCCUUAAUUUAUAUACAUGAUUUUAAAAAUAAAAACUCGAGUGCGAGAUUAUGUGUGUGACUGCAUGGGUAUAUAUAUUCAGUCAAUGCAGCAUUAAUAUCUUCUGUUGUACUAUAUGAAUAACAUUAUUGCUACCACCUUUGCUAGCAACAGCAGAGCCUUUUGGGUAUAAUUAGCAUGUGGACAUUGGUCUCAGGUUUCUCUUUGGUAAAAAACCAUUUGUUAACACUCCAUAUAUACUUCCAGACUUACAGAUCUGACUUUUUGUGGUUUUGUAGCUGAGCAGUGACCCCUCUGGAACAUGAAAUGGACAAAUAAAAUGUGUUAGCUUAAAAAAAAACAAACCAGACUGAGCCACUGUUUCAACUAGUGGAACAAAGAAAUUGUUUUCCCGUCACCAAAUGUUCUAGCAAGAAAUGUUCAUCAGUGGACCUUAUGGGCUUUGUUAUGCUGGUGAAUUAGAAAAAUGUCAGGCCUAGGACAUGGGUAGGGACAAAAUACUUAUAAAUUGCCUCCUUUCUAAAAUUCAAAAGAUGGAUUUCAUCAUCCUUUGCAAAUAAAUCCAUUUUCCUUCCCAAUACCAAAUCUAUUACUUUUAGCUUGUUCUACCAUGAAAAAAUGAUUUGGUUGAUACUAUAAACUGAACAUAUUUGCCCAACAGUUCUACCAAAUUUAAAAACUCCCCCUUUUCCAGUUUAAUUUUAAGUGUUCAUUUGACCCAAGAGUCAGUGUUUUUCAGAAGGUAGCCAAAAAGGAGUUUAUACAGGCAGUUCCCUCCUCCCCCAUGCUACUUCUUCCUCAGAGCUCAACUUAACUGCUACAUCCUUACACAAAGCUUGUAAUCCCUGUCUGCCUGUACCAAACAUUCCCCGCCCCCCCCCAAAAAAAAACCCCCAAUACAUUUUGUGGACAAGGCUGUGAAAUUUCAGGAAACUGAGGAUCUCCUUUUUACACUUCAAAUAGACUGCCUCUAUUGCUAGAAAAUUAUUUCCUGGACAGCAUGAACAGAAAAUGUUCUUUUAAGCCUGGCUGUCCACUCUGACCAAGUACUCAGUCCUGCUCCUGCCUUGUGAUCACUUUUACCUGCUGAAUAAGACCCAGAGGAAGUCAACAUUAAGGAACUGGAAAUUCAUCCUCCUUGCAUUUAUACCUGCUCUGGUGUUAAGAUUUCUUCUUGGGCCAUGACCUUGGUGAAUUUGGUAUAAGCUUAUCAAGCUAUCCUAGUGAACCAAAACAAGACAUAACACUACCCAAAAUUCUCUUUUGCAUUUUAUUUUAUUUAAGCUAUCAUGUGACUGGAAGGGAAGUCUUGUUGAAUUUCCCCUCUAGAAUUAUUAGGUUAAUUAGAUUGUCAUGAUCUCUUCUGUUGUUCUUUAACUUGACCUUUUUUUUCCUUCCCCCUACCCCCUUCUUCCUAUCGAUUGCCCUGUUCCACUUUGGCAGAGACUGGGAGAGUAUUGUAAAGAUUUUGGUGCAUUGCAGCAUUUUGUUCAGUGCCAACCAUGUGAAAGAUCGAUUUCCUAAGCUAGGAGCCUCUUCGUUGAAAGAGUACAUACUAAUGACGCUUCAUAUUAUAACCCUUUAGGAUGUACCUCCCUAAAAUAAUGUCUUGUCUCCUUUCAAAAAUAAAUUAGUUUCAUGGCCCCAGGGAAGAUGUACAGAAUUCCCAAUUAUGAAAGGUUUUCUGGCCAUCUUCCUCUACCUACAAAAUAUUCUCAUUGAGAAAAUGAUCCUAAGUUAAUAGGCAGGCUUUGAGAACUGCUGGACCCAUUCCAUGCAAAAUUGCAAAAAGAGAAGCUGCCUUAUCCUCUCUUGCCAAGCUGUUGAGUUUCAGAAACACAGAUUUUGGCAAAAUCCAUACUGGUCUUCCAAAUGCCAUGCCCCUGGCAAAUGUGUUAGGACAAUGCCUAAUUCAAGAGCUGUGGUUUAGAGUACUUGAGUCCAAUGUAUCUAUAGAUUCAUUUCAUUCCCUCUUGAGGAAUUCAGUAUUACUGAUCACCACUGUAUAGAAGCUACCACACCUCAACUCAGCUGUCUCACGGAACUUCAGAAAAUUAUUAGUCUGUAAUACACCAAAUGUUCUUUUUCACCAAAUCUGCUCUUUACUAUGAUAUCCCCUGGGGGUGUUCUUGGCAAGGUAUACUUCUUUAAAAGACCUCACUUGAGUUCACACUAAUCCUUGUUGCCUCCUAGAAUAUAGUUAUCGAUCAGUAAUGCUGAAGCUUCUCAAAAUUCCCCAGGGUUCUCUUAGCAAUAGUGGGGGGUGUGUGUGUGUGUGUGUGUGUAUGUGUGUGUAUGUGCACGUGCGUGCAUGAGCCAUCCCAGCUAGACUUAUGCGUGAAAGUUUAAUGCUCAGCCUUGAUGCAAAAAUAGCUCCUGAAUUAAUUACCAAAUGGAUACACUGUAUGAAGGGAAAAGUUGGGGUAGUUUGGGACUGGGGAAGCAGCUACAUGUGUGUUAGGUUGAUGGCCCUUUGGAAUUUUGGCAGUAAAAUGCAGGUAGGUAGUUUGGAGGAGUUCUUGAAGAAGGCAAUAAAUGGCAAAAUGAUAGAAAAAAUUAAUUUGGCACACAACAGUCAGCUUAUUACAAGGGCUAUUUCGGUGUUUGUAAUGGGAUUCUGACUACUGAAAGGACCAGAAAAGGGCUAAGGAAACAGUGGUGCUGGCCUGUGAGAGAUCUCACCUCUGACUUUACUGUGUUGUGACCUGACUCAGCUGCUUUCAGGCACUACGAUGCCCUAAGUCAGAUUUACUUAGCUGUGUGACCUCCAAAGAACCCGGGUAAAGUGUUUAAGCCGGGAGCAAAUUUCUGGGUGCUUGCAGACAAUGAAGAAUACUCUGCUCUUCAUUUAAGGUUAAGGUUCAGAAAGAGAUUUUUUUCAGUAUUUUUUUCCUAACAUUAUUUAACAGAUCACUGUGGGGUAUUUAUAUAAUGGGUACCAGAGAGAAAAUAUGAAUCAGGAUAUUGUAUGUAAUUGGAUUUCUUGCUUUGGUGCAAAUGUGUAAAAUAAAGAAUCCAUGACAAAGUGUACAUUUGUAAUCUUAGGAGAGCUUUUGAUAAAUGACUCCUGCCUCAGUC